CUCCAUCGCUAUUCUCGUUCUCAAGUCUGAACUUGCCCCCUCUCUCUCUCUCUGCAACUGCAAACUGCAAACUGCAAAAUCUACAAGAAUCAGAAGUUCAAAGCCCAUAUAUUUCAGUUUAUCUAUCUGUCUGCAAGAAUCAAAACCUAUUACCUAUAUCAAAACCCAUAUCGGCAUAUCAUUUCAGAUUGUUCAAAAAAUCAAAACCCAUAUCUUUCAGUUCCCAUCGCCUGCUGUUCCAGUUCGGGUUCGCCGUUCGCAAGCUUCAGCCGCUGUCCCGCUGUCUCUCAACUCUCAAGCUUGCCCCCUCCCUCUCUGCAACUGCUAACUCGUAUGGUUAACAUCAGGCCUUAACAUUUAGCAAGAACAAGGUUCAAGAAACAUGCCUCCUCAGUCAUCGGGUCUCUUUUCUGAAAGAAGAGAGUUGAUGGGAAUGGGUGGUGUGGGCAAAAAGAAAGUAGAUGACGUGAAGGAUAAUGUGCUGAACCUUCCUAUGAUCUGCUUCAUGGGCUUCACGCUCAUUGACUUUGGUUUGCUCCUAAGGUCAAUGACUCAGAGGGAGCCCUCUCCAGCAGAAAUGAAGAUUUAUGCCAUUCACAAUAUAGUCAAGGAGAGAGAUGAGACCGCGGGUCAACAAAUUAAAACCUGUUUUAACAUACCAUUGCUGAAUGGUUCUCAAAGGUGGUCUGGUUUUGGAAAUCCAUCCUCAGGAUUUUCUUUUGCUGUUUCUCCUAUGUUAACACAGCUUUUGAUUGCGAAAUGUUAUCACGGUGAUGGCAGCUUUUUUGACCGAAGCAAGCUUUUUCCUCUACAACUCAAGCAAAAAUUGCUUGAUUUGAAAUGUUUUUUAUGUGAAGACUAUGGCGAUCUUCGAGCUUGGGGUGUAGUGAAUAGAAAUAACAAUUAUGCAUCAGUUCCUGAUUUUGUCAGGUUGUUGAAUAAAUUUUGACGUGCGAGAGACGGACAAGGUUUUUCAAUUCUUUGACAAUAGGAAGCAGCAGCAGAAGGAUGUGAAAUCAUUUGUCGUAGAAUUUUCUUGCGACACUCUUCUGAAACGACCCAUAAUAACCCCCUCUGGAGAGAACCAUAAAAAUUAAUGUUGAUGCGUCCUACGUGCAUGGGAUGCACCGUGCUGGUUUUGGAGCAUCCUACCGCAAUUUCAUGGGUUGCUUGGUUAAUAAAAAAUAUUGGUCGAUGAGGGGUGUUCAUUCAGCGUACGAGGCUGAAUUAUAUGCAGUAUACCAUGUCCUUCUAUAUGCCAAGUGGUUGAAUUACGAACAUGUUAUCUUGGAAUCUGACCCUUGAAUGCGGUUGUUGCAGUUAAUGGGGGAAGUCACCCAAAUGACUCCAACUUCAUAAUCAAGCAUAGGGAGAACAACAUUUGGGUCUCAUUCAAAGGAUCUCUACAUGCCACUUGACUCACUGUCUAGCAGUUUUCCCAAGGAUAAGAGUUCAGUUCCAAACGGAAUAAGGCGAUUGAGGUCUGUUCAAACAUUCCUCUCAGAUGGACACUUCGUUUUUCAACAUCCGCUCCAGCCUUACACGUCAUCUCCAUCAUUCUUGGGUGAUGCUUAUUCUGUGGGUUCUGGUAGACCCAAAGCAAUGAGAGUGUCUGGAGGAUAUCUUCUAUCAAUAAAUCAAUUUACCUCCUUCACAUUAGCAAUCAAGAAAGGGAUAACUCGCAUUUGAUUGUUUAAUAAUCUUUGAAGGAGGGGCGUGGUAUGUGGAGGUUGUGUUGUUCAGGACGUCCCUAACACCAUAGCUGAUCAGAAUCGCCACUUCUGAUCAUUUUGCAAGUGCUUUUGGUGCUCAACAAGUGCUGGAUUGUUGACGGUUUGAAUUCACCUAUCUAUAUGGCUAUGCAUGUAUUAUAGCUGCAGCGACAUGGUUUGAUGAUCUAGAGAAUUUUGUUCUACAGACUGACCAGAAGAAGAGCAUAGAAUUGUGUUGAUUUCAUUUUUCUGCACUGUGAUUUAUGUUCUUCAUCCGAUUCUCUAAUUCUUUUGUAAGCUUUGAAGAAAUAUUCUGAAUUCUUCUUGUUUAAGAAAUUCAUGGGUCGUUAUACUUGUUACCGUUUGACGUAUAAGAAUUCCAAGUUUUUUAAGUCUUAGAAUGCGCUUGAUUGAUCUCUGACAUUGGGGGUUCUUUGUUCACAGUGGAGAAAUUUUUAGGAAAGGCAAUUUGCAACUAGUACUUUGAAGCAGGGGGCGGAGGGAAGGGGGCUGGGGGUGGCCAUGGGCCCCCCUGAUUUUUUGAUUUUUUUGUUUUUGAUUUAUUUAUUUUUGUAUAGGUAAAAAGUAAAAAUAGUAUACCUAUGGUAUAAAAUCUAUACUAGGCCUCCCAAGAAAAAAUAAAUUUUUUUUCUUUAAUUAGCAUUUAACAAAAGAU